AUGCAGAGUUUCUUGAAGAUGCUGAGGGGGUGUGGGGACACCAGCCCACCUCUGGAGGAGCUGAUGACCCUCGCCGGCAGGCUAUUCCGGGACCUCCAGGACGAUCCUGCCCAGAUGCAGCCCUUGGUCACAGCUGUGUUGGACAGCCAGCUCCGCCUGUACCUGCUGGACAACGAGGAUGUGGCCCUGGCGUGCGCCCGCAUGCUGGCCCAGCAGGAGCAGCACCAGGCUGCCUGCCGGCUGCUGGAGGGGUGCCGUGUGCCAGGAGGCAGCCAGGAGCUGGUGCAGCUUUGGAAUGACAUCCACUACCGUCUGGCCAUGAAGAGGCUGGGCGUGGCCACACUGAGCCCAGUGCAGAAGUUCCGCUGCAGGAAGAGGAACCCACCACCACCCUCCCUCUGCCCUGAGGGCCUGAAGAGCAGGAACUUCCCUAGAGAGGUUCGCCAGAAGUUGCAUGACUUCGCCUUGGCUGUGAGCAGCAGCCCCAGCAAGGAUGAGCGGGAGAUCCUGGCCGCGGAGACCAGCCUGACGGUAGAGCAGGUCUACAACUGGUUCGCCAAUUACCGGCGGCGCCAGAGGGCCGGUCUGCAGUGCACGGAGCCGGCGGGGGACACGGCCGAGGACCCCUUGCAGCCCUCACGCCACUGCCACCCCGGCUUCGGGUGUGUGCACUGGCCUCAGUGGUCAGGUGAGGAAAGCGAGCAUGCGCGGUCCCUGGCGGCCACCCACGGCCUGUGGGAGCCUCUGGCCCUGGCCUCUGACUUUUCCGGAGACGAGACAAUGCCAAAACCACUGACUCCCAGGUCUCUGCAGGGUGGUGAGAUGUACCAGGAGGGGCCUGGCCACGACCCUGCCACUCUGCCCCCCGCCUGCCCUGACGCUGGCCUCGAUGCACUGGCUGCCUGCGGCGACAUGCUGGACCCCUCUUCGGCCGCCCCCAAGUCGUGGCUGACGUCCCUUGCACUGGCGUCCUCCAGGGACGUGUCCUUUGAGACCGGACAGCUGGGCCACAGCGCCAGGCUGGACCUCGUGAUGCUCCCUGCAGACGCUUCCCUGGCUGUGCCCAUCGCCCCCCUCGCGGAGCCCAGCCCCGCAGGGUUUGCCGUCGCACCCAGCGCAGACCCCCAGCGGCCGUACCUGGAGGAGGGUCCGGGCAGCAGCGCUGGCCCGGCAGAAGGGCAGGCAGGCAGCUUCCUGCUGGCACAGCCCCUGCUGCAGUCUGCGGAGCUCAUCCUUCCCCAGAGCCUCCCGGAGCUGACAUCUGCCUUCCCUGUGCCUGUGCCUGCUGUGGAGCUGAGCGAGCCCCCGCCACCCAGCCAGGUGCAGUGGCUUGACAGCCCGGCCUCCAGCGAUGCCUUCUGGGGGGCCAGGAUGCUCCUUGAGCUCUCAGGCAGUAGCCUGGGCUGA